AUGUCGUUGAGUUCUACAGACUCAUUCAUGGAUCAAAUUACAAUAUUUAAGCUCGUGUCGAUUCUAUGUAUCUGGCUUGUGGGUCUCAUUGGUGGUUUAAUUCCUGUCUUGCUUGCAUUAAAGCAUACAAAAUCUCCUCUUUUAAGUAUCCUCAACGCUUUUUCUGGUGGUGUUUUCCUUGCUGGUGGUUUUUUUCAUUUAUUGCAUUCAGCAAUUGAAAAUGCAGCAUUACGGAAAUGGUCUAUAGUGAAUGAAGGACGUUAUGAUUUUCCAUAUGCUGAAAUGUUUUGUACCUUGGGUUUCUUGGGUCUUUUACUCUUAGAACAAGCAGCUCAAGUUAAAAUAAAGUCGGAUACUGACUGGAAGAAUCAUAAUACGAAUACGUAUAUUCGAGCCAAGCAUGAAGACGAUGAUGAUGAUGAAUUUCAUAAAACUCCAGAAAGUGAUGACACAUAUUUGGAAAAUAUAGACAAUUUUGAAGAAGAGAGAUUGGAUAAUAUUCGAAGUACGAAUCAACUGGAUCACUUACACAAUCGUAAUGAAAAUGUCGUACAUGAUUCUGAGACAGGAUCGUUGGCUGUUGCCAUGGUGUUGUUUAUUGCUCUGUCAUUCCACUCAGUACUAGAGGGACUUGGUAUUGGAGCACAGACUGAGACAGCAUGGGGUGUGUUUCUGGCUAUUAUCAUGCACAAGGGACUAGCAGCUUUUGCCCUGGGCUCCGGACUUGUGCAGAGUGCCAUGCCUGUGACUCAUGUGAUGCUAUAUAUGAUUGUGUUUUCAUUCAUGAGUAUCAUUGGCAUUACUGUGGGCUGGAUCAUUGCUGUUGACUCGUCAGAGGACUCGGCUGCAGCGGGUAUCUGUGUUGCUCUCGCUUCAGGGACGUUCAUUUAUGUGGCGGUCAUGGAAGUCAUUCCUCAGGAAUUCCCACGACACAGUCACGAUGGUGGCCACGAUAGACAUGAUCACUCGCAGAAAUCUGCAAUGAUGUUGAAGAAAUCCAUCGCCCUAGUAACUGGAUAUGCUAUCUUUGGUUUGCUCGCAAAAUGGUCGUAA